UUCAUUGGCUUACUUUUACUAAUGGCAAUCUCGUUUUUCGGUCUCGCCAUUUUCCUUUUUCUUACCCUUGACUCCGAUUUCACCUCUUUCCCCGUCUCUGCUGCUUCUGAAGGCGUCCAGUUGGCACAUGGUUCAAUGAUCAAGUUGAUGCAUGAGAGAACAAAGUUUAGGUUGCAUUCACAUGAUGUACCAUAUGGCUCUGGUAGUGGGCAGCAGUCCGUCACUGGUUUUCCCAACGUUGAUGACUCAAAUAGCUAUUGGAUUGUUAGACCUGUAUCAGAUACCAAUGCCCAACAAGGGGAUACAAUCAAAGGUGGUACCAUCAUCAGACUGCAACACAUGAGGACCAGAAAAUGGUUACAUAGUCACUUGCUAAAUAUUCUAGACAUUGUGCCAAAUCCUGAACAUCUUUAUUUCAUGGAGAAACUUCCUGUUACGCUAUCAUAUGCUCAAGCUUCUGUUUUGCUUUGCAUGUGCUUGCAGAGAAAGGACAUAUCUGUUAUUGAGAUUUUUUAUGUUGCUUUACGUCUUUGUGAUUGGAAAGAUAUGGAGAAUGAUUUGCCAACUCAUGAAAUCCAAUCAUGUCGCAAAUUGGACUUUGAAGAUGUUGACUCGCAGGAGAUAAAUGAUAAUGCCUUAUCUCUUUGUAUUACUGAUGGCAAUCAAUGA